UAGGGGAGAGAGAAACUUUUAGUUAGGAUUUGGAAAAGCAAUUCUCCUCUUUUCCUCUUCCCCCUUCUUCCGAGAAAAUAACCAUUCGAUUACUCAAAUCAACGCAGUCUCUCUCUCUCUCUUCUGUGAUCACGAAACGGGAUCGACUGUCAUCCUUGCGAAUCUCUACCGUUCGGAAAACUUCUCCGUGCAGAUUAAACGCCCCACAAUGUCCGGAGCGUGAUGUGAAGAAGCAGAGUUCAAGGUAAGGAUGUCAGAAGUUUUUACACUCUAUCAUCAAUGGAAGAAUCAGAGAAAGAAUCAAUAAAAGAGGCAUCAGUGGAGGUUUCUCAAGAGUUCAAGACCCUCAUUAAUACAGAUGAUGUUGAUUCCCUUAAGCAAACACAGGACCUCAUUUUGGGAAGGCUACAGGACAGCAAUGCGGUGCUCUCACAUUUUAAUGAAUAUUCUGAGAAUUGCUUUAAUGAGGUUUCAGGUGAUUUCUCCAAAAAUACCCGUCUCUUGAGGUCCAUGAAGUCGGACCUUGACUACAUCUUUCAGAAGCUAAGGAGUAUGAAGGCGAAGCUUUUGGCCACGUAUCCUGAUGCAUUUUCUGACGACUCUAAAGGAGAAAUAGUUGAUCGUAGGCCAGACCUCGAGCUGUUGCAGUGAAUUAAUAUGGCAAGUUCUGCAUCGGAGCAUCCUGUUUGUUUGUGGUCUAUUCGCGAAAACUGCUAAUUCAGAGAUAAAGUGCCAUUGCAGUUGCUUCAUCAGUGCAUAUGAAAUGAUUACCCAGCAGCUUCGUGGUUAGGAAAUCCGCUUUAUGUUUGAACUGUUCGUUCCAUGUCGGGCAUGUGGGAGAGCUGACAGCUGAUUGAGCGAUGCAACAGUGAAACUCAUGUAUCUGAGGGAAAUGAUGUAUACUAGAAGUCUGAUGAUCGCUUUUUUAGGGGCGUGUGAAAUUGCGUGACUCAUGUCAUAUUCUGUCAUGACCGGUUAUUGAGGGUCGCUAUUUCGGGCGAUGGGCAUGGUGCAGAGUCGGGUCGGGUCGAGUCGUAUAUGGAUUUUACCUACGGGAUGCGCCAGAUUUGAAGGCUAUUUGACAGGAUCUAUGAUGUACCCGGCGAAGCAUCUCUAGUCUGGUAAGGCAUUAUAGGCUGUCGACACCAAAUGUUAGUUCCAAAAUGAGCUGAAUGUCACCGGUGGGACUGGGAGGAAAAGACUUUCGAACCGUCUGAGCUUAAAUUUAAUAGCGAACGGCUGGGGUCCAUACUUACAUGUGUUUCCACAAGUCAGCAAAUUAAAUUUGCGCAUUCUCAUGA